AUGACUAAAAACAAUCGCGAAGAAUUCCGUUUGAUAAAGAGUGCAAAUACGACUUUAUCUGAAGCCAUCGUAGAAUGGCGAGACAACUGGGUGACGCUGAUCGAGAAUAUGCUGCAACUGAAUAUCUUAAAUCAGAACGAUAAUGGUGUUUCACUACCUGCUAAGAUCUCUGACGUUUUUCUUAAUAUUUUUGAACACGAAAAGCAAAUAUUUUCAAAAGAUAGUUCAUCCACAUUAAAAGUAAUUCGGUCUGAAGUAUAUGAUUCGACGGAAUGCGGGGGUGUGUUCCUUAAGGGUAUACGAUUUCGUCAAAUUCCUAGAAUUUCAUAUCCCACGACUCUGUUGGUUCCAUCUAGCAAAGACAAAACUGAAUUAAUAAAGGCAAGCUAA